AUGUCCAACUACCACGAAGAAGCUUACAACAAGAUCACUGCCACUGAAGUUGUUACCGAAGAACAUCAAGCCGAAUGGACCCACGAACUCCUCGGUGGUGCUGCUGCUUUCGGUGCCAUGGCCAUGUACAACAAGAAGCAAGAAGAAGAGGGUACUCCCGUUGACCACGCUAUGGCCAAGAACCUCCUCGCUGGUCUUGCUGGUGCUGCCGUUGAUAGACUCGUUGAGACCAAGGGUUUGGACUGGUUCGACAGACAAAAGGCCAAGAAGCACGCCGAAGAAGAGGCCCAAAAGUUGUACACUCAACAAACCGGUUACGAAUUCUAA